AUGCGUAGGUUUAAAGUGCACUCUAUAAAUGCAGAUACACCAGAUAUACCAGCUACACCAGAUAUGUCUGCCUCACAGGUUCAACUCUUUGAGGACAAACUACCUCUGAUUCGCAACUGCCCUGCUCUGAAUGAUCUUCGGCUAGCCGGAGAGCUCACAGACCUCACCAUCGAGUAUGCCUACACUGGGCAGGUGGAAAUUACCCGAGAAAACGCACUGGGUCUUGCCGGCUUAGCGAAAAUGGUGCAUCUUCCCGCACUGAUGAAUUGGGCAGUGAAAAUUUUGGCCAAAAAUGUCAGCACAGAACAUCUGGAAGCCACUUGGUACUUGGCCAGCUGCCUUGAUAGUCCACAGCUGAGGGAUGCCUGCCUCCGACGAAUGGCAGCCCAAUUUGAGAAUUUUGCCUACAGCGAUUUGUUCAUCCGCCUGCCGGCGGACACUGUGCUGUCUUUGUUGCGAAGUGAUCGUCUGGCCGUGAAUUCGGAGGAAGAGAUCUUUGGAAGCAUUUCACGAUGGGCGGCGAUGGCCUAUAAGGAGGCUGGAAAUGCGAAUUUGAACUGCUACCUUCCAUUGAUGUUGAAGGAAGUGCAAUGGGACCAGACAACUGCACAUUUUCGCGAGCGCCUGCUGGACUAUGAUCCCUUAUUUGAGAAAAGUGCACAGUGUUCGCAAGUGAAUAUUGCUCUUCUUGUCUAUCUUUGUGUUGAAAUACGAGCAUCCCAAGACAUUUAA